AUGGCAGGAGACACCGUCUGGCAGGCUCUAGUGCCGCGAUUGGAUCCUCGCGACGGUGCUCCAGCCUGUCUCUCGAGCCGUAAGUCGGCUCGGCUCGUCCGUGGCGGCGAGGCGUCCUUUGUGCGCGCGUGGGGCCUGCUGCUGACGCGCGCUGAGGCGCUGCACCACAGCGUCGCGGUCUGCGGCCAGGACAAGCGACACCUGACGCUCGCCAAGCUAAAGCACCUUCUCGCGCGCUUUUCGUGCGCCCUCGUCGAUCACGCGUCGCCCGUCUACAACGCCACGCUGCUCAUGGAGGCGCGAGGGUGUGUGUGGUUCGACGGCUCUGCGAACCUGGCGCUGUGCGCGGCCCACUUGCUGCGUGAGCGCGGCUGCGACGCCAAUGCGCGGCCAAGCGGCGACCGGAGCUGCACGCCGCUCGUGAUCGCCUCGUGCCGCGGCCUGCCGAGGCUCGUCGCCCUGCUCCUCGAGGCUGGCGCCGACCCGUCCAUCGCAGGGGAGGGCCGCUUCCGGCUUGGAGUGCCGGGAGGCGCAAAGACGCUGCGCGGCUGCCACACCCCGCGAGGCUGGAUCGAGGCCUUGCUCACCGCAGAGGCGGCGCACGGCGUGGAGGCCGGGGACCAGCUGUCGCUCCAGCGGUGCCGCCGGCUGCUGCAGUCGGCGGAGAGUGGGUAG